AACAUAUGCUGUCGUCUGCCUCGUCUACGGCCUUGAUUUACAGAGUUCGCAGCUAUUACGUGUUGCCAUUUAAGCGACGAGGAAAAUGAUUUCCCAUCGUUUCUCGUUAUCACAUAUCCGGCUAAUGUUUGCAGUGAUUAGCAGACAGCAAAGUUACAAUUUGUCGCUGCAAUUUAAGGUAUGUACUACAACGUCGAUCUUCAAAUAGGUGCUAGACGAGUCCACUGUUUACAGAGACUGCUGCCGCUGAUUAAGUCAAGGCCAGUCGCCGUGCCGACGAUCACACCUCCAAUCUUCCUGCUGUGCGGGUUCACGCUCUUCAAGAUGUCUGAAGUGGAACAGUUGAAGCAGGAAGUCGACAGCCUGCACACGAGCGGGGGACACGAGAAGGCAUACCAGCUUUUGCUUCCAUACCGGGACAGCACUGACGCGGAGCUGCUGUGGCGGCUGGCCAGGGCGACCUUCAAACGCUGUGAGUUCGCCCCCAAGCCCCAGAAACAGGCAGGACUGGCAGAGGGCAUUUCUUAUCUGGACCGGGCAGUGGAGGUCGGCGGAGACAAGCUGGGUGACGUGCACAAGUGGUAUGGCAUCUUGAUUGGCUCGAAGGUAGACCAUCCGUCCACAAAAGACAGGAUCAAGGAUGGAUUCCUCAUCAAGCAACACGUGCAGAGGGCCAUAGAGCUGAUGCCCAAUGACCCUAUCAAUUUCCACGUUCUGGGGAACUGGUGUUUUGAGGUGGCGGCGACUCCCUGGUAUGUGAGGAAAGCGGGGCAGCUGAUAUUUUCGGAGAUACCAACUGCUACAUAUGAAGAGGCACUCAAACAUUUUCUUAAAGCAGAAGAAGUGCGACCAAACUACUACAGCCGGAACUUCCUUAUGAUUGCGAAAACCUUGAUCGAGUUGAAGAGGAAUGACGAUGCUGUGAGCUAUCUACACCGUGCCAGAGAUUUCACUCCCAAGGCCAGUCCAGAUGAUGAAGAGGUCUCCAAGGAGGCGAAAAAGUUGCUGGAAAAGCUGGGAGCUUUGUGAAAGGACAUGUUUACAAAGGUGGCAAUCAUGUCUACAUGGCUGUAAUGCCUUACGACAGUAUAAGAAUUCUCUCGGGCAGAGCCGGCAGUUGUGCACAGAACCUGAAUGAAGUAUGCUAAAGGUUUGUAUUGAAGUUACCAAAGUUAACAAUGGAGUAAGAAAAAGAAAAAAAAAAGGUAGUGCAGUUGUCACAUUCCAACCAAUAAAGACUCACAUGCUUGCUGUUAUAACAAGUUU